AUGGAUGCAUACUCCGACAAUAAUCAAAUCCCCAUGCACCCGGUCAAUGAGGAACACACAUCUUUCAUCACAGACCGAGGCCUUUACUGCUACAAGAUGAUGCCCUUCGGGUUGAAAAAACGUCGGAGCAACAUAUCAAAGGCUCGUCAACAAAAUGUUUGUGGACCUUAUCGGCAAGAUAAUGGAGGGCCUGAAAAGGCACCUAGGGUAGGCCCCCUCCUCUCCAAACCGAAGCCCGGUGAAAUCCUACAGUUGUAUCUCGCCGUCUCCAAUGAGGCCAUUAGUCCGGUUCUAAUCCGGGAAGAGGGAACCACCCAACUCCCCAUUUACUAUACAAGUAAAGCACUCCUAUCAAUGGAAACCCGCUACCCCGAUAUGGAGAAGCUCACUUUGGCCUUGAUCACGGCCUCCAAGAAGUUGAGACUCUACUUCCAAGCUCACACCAUCCACGUGCUGACAAAUUUUCUCCUAAGACAUGUACUCCAAAAGCUGGAUGCCUCAGGGAGAUUAUUGAAAUGGGCGGUGGAGCUAAGUGAGUUUGACCUCGUGUUCAAGGCUAAGGCAGCCAUUAAGGGCCAAGCCUUAGCUAACUUUGUGGCAAAAUUCACCAACUUACCCGAGGUGGAUAAAAUCAUGGAACAAGCCAAGCCCCCAACGUCGAACGUAUUCGUUGAUGGGUCGGCUGAGGACGUCGGCUCAAAAGCCGGAGUAGUCCUCAUUAGCCCAGAAGGUCACAAGCUGAACUCGACGGUGAGGUUCGGGUACAAGGCCACCAACAAUGUAGAAGAAUACAAGACACUUCUCGCAGGCCUCAGGUUAGCUAAAGAAAUGCAAUUUGAGUUGAUCCCGAUCCCCCGCAUUGAAAAUGCACAUGUGGAUGCACUCUCCAAACUUGCAAGUAGCAAGGGUUUCGAACUACUCACAGUAAUCCCUAUGGAGUACCUCCUCAUGCCAUCAAUCGAGGCCCCCAAUGUAAUGUGGGUCACUGGGACUCCUACUUGGAUGCAACCCAUCAUGGCAUACCUCAAAGACCAGGUACUUCCCAUUGACAAGCAUGAGACCUACAAGCUAAGAGGACUCCUCUUCAUUGAUGAUAUAACCAUCGCAAGAUUUGACCGCGGUCUCCAGCCCUUGGCUUUUCUCGAAGUGGGGUGUGGACCUCAUAGGUCUUCUACCAAAAGAAGCCAACACUUCCAAGUUCUUGUGGAAGAAUAUCAUAUGCCGGUUCGGGUUCCCUACUCGAUCGUCUCAGACAAUGAUAGACUGUUCGACAACAAGAAGGUCAGAAGCUUGUGUGAAGAACUUGGCAUCAAGAAACACUUCUCCACACCUCACUACCCACAAGGAAAUGGCCAAGUUGAGGCUGUGAACAAGACCAUCAAACACAUCCUGAAAAGGAAGCUUGAUAUGUCAAAAAGGGCAUGGGUGGAUGAGCUCCCACAGGUUCUUUGGGCAAUCCGAACCACUGCAAGGACCCCAACAGGGGAAACACCUUUCCUCAUGGCAUAUGGGAUUGAGGCGAUGAGCCCCAUCGAAGUCAAACUUCCAUCCCCACGACGUCUGCAUUUCAGUGAGAUAACAAAUGACGAGCUUCGUAGGUGCGACCUCGACUUCAUUGAAGAAAGGAGAGACGACGCCCAGCUGAAGCUCGUCAUAUAUCAAAGAAAAAUGAUGAAGUACUUCAACUUAAAGGUGAAGAAGAGGUCAUUUCGAAUCAACGACUUGGUCCUUAAGAGAGUCUUCCUCUCCUCAAAGGAACCUGGCACCAAUUCCUUGGGCCCGAACUGGGAAGGUCCAUAUAAAAUCAGAGAGGAGAUAUGA